AAAUCAACAUUAAAUGAUAAGAGGGUUUGCUCAAAAUUCAACGACCAAGUAGCAAUUUUUUACCUUUGCUACCUUCUCUAAUAUUAUAGUUAGGCUGUAAACUUAAUAUUGAAAAAUGGAAGUGACGGAGAAAUUACUUCCUCUUGACAGAGAUAAAAUUCCUCAUCUACUUGACGUUUUGAAAUCAUUGCUACCAGACACUGCGGUUGCUUACCACUGGCUUUUGACGCAGGAAAAGUGGAGUGAGCAAUGCAAGGAAAUCAAAUUGAUAGUCUUUUGCCUAAAUGGAAAUUUCAAUGGUGGUACCAUGGUUGGCCUUGUCGACAAUUUGGCGGUGCCAGACAAAAUUUUCGGAACGCUUUACGCCAAGGAGGAGAACAUGGAACAGCUGAAAAACGCGAUUUUGAAUUCAGAGCUGAUAGAUUGGUGCAGAUUCAAGCACUUCACGUCAAUUUUAAAUCGAAUGGUUCCUUUCGUAAGAGAAAUUUUUGCUGAAAAAGGAGUCAAGUAUUUGGAGAAACAUUUACACUUGCUUGUCAUGUCGCAAGAAAAAGCUGCCAACAUUGAUUUGCCUGAUCUUUCAGAGGAAAUUAGAGUUGGGCCCUUGAAUGAGCAUUACUUGGACAUCGUUUGCAACAAUUGGCCGCACUACGACUUCCAGUACAGACCCGUAAUUUUGAAGAUGCUCCAGUUAAACCAUUCAACUGGAGUUUUUGUGCGAAACGCGGAGGGAGAAGAAAUCUUAGCGUCAAUGGUUCUGCAGACCGAGUACGGCGGCGUUGGAAUUUUGCAGACCCUACCCAAUUACCAGAGGAAGGGUUACGCGGAAAUCGCGACGCUCUCUUUGACCAAAAUCCUCGGUCGGCAGCAGAAAAUCAUGGUGCACGCUUACGUCCUAUUCCAAAACGACAAAGCCGAGAGACUUUUUGAGAAGUGCGGAUUUGACGUAAUUGCACAUGUUUGUAAAAUUUAUUAGAAAGUGGAAAAAUACCAAAAUUAUUGGAAAUCUUGAAAGAUUUGCUUCCAGACAGCGUCGUUGUGGAGCGAACAGAGCGACCAAGUGAAAUUAAUUCUUAUGUGUCCCAAAGUUUUGGAUGGCACGAUGGUCGGAUUAAUUGAUGGCGUUGCUGGGUCGAACAAGAUAUUUGGGACCGUGUACGCUCAAGAAGGGAAGAUGGAGG